AUGGACACCUUGACCACAACUACCUUUUCCUCACCUAUACCUAUUCGGCACCCAGCAGUAAUUAUUCACCUCGUAUUUAUAACCCUCAGUUUUCUCGGUUGCUACCCCAUUGCACUCAUUCAAGGCACGCGUUGCCACCCCAACCGGCACUUUGUCGCGAUUGGACUUGGGACGAUCUUUGCACUGAUCGGAUCGAUUGCCGGUCUUUGGAUGCCUUCGACUUCAUCGGGAUCGCUAGUGCCGAUACUUGUGGCCAUAGUUGGAGGACUAUUAAUGGUCCUAGUGUUGAUGCAAAUUGUCGUCGGUCUUAAUAUGACCCGACGCAGUCUCGAACUCCAUCGACUACCGCCAUAUUCGCACACGUCCUGGCUACCAACACAAACACCCACACGUUGGUGCGCAACAAAUUUACCAGAAUAUACACACCUUAUUAUCGGCUGGUCUGUAUUGAUCGUAGCAUCAAUCUAUCUGAUCUUGACUGUAGUGCUGUUCACCGAAAGCUGUGCCGGAUUCCCGUACCGCCAGUGCUUCUUGCCACUAGUGAUGGGUGGUGGCCUAUUGGGAUAUGGAACAAUGGCUCUCCUGCACCUCGUCGGCGUCUUGUCUCUUCCACGCACUUCUACACCCGAGUACUAUGAAGGUCUUUUGAUCACCCUUUGGGGACUUUUCAAUCUCUUCAUGGCAGACACACCUCUUUUAGGUUCAAAUUGGUUGGCCGGAAAUCUUGGUUUAUUGUGGUUUACAGGUGGAUUGUUCUCAAUAACUAUCAGUAUACAAACAUGGAUGCCUGCAAUGCGAGAGAGGAAUAUUAUGAAUUCUGUUAUAGUCUGUCUGACCGGACGAGCUAUCAUGGGAAGUUUGACAAUGGAAGCAUAUUCUACCCAAGUUCAGGUUGCACUAGGCUAUGUUUGUAUUGUGGGAUCAGUCGGACGUGCAUUACAGGUCACAUUCCGUAAAUCACCAUCCGACAACCUUCCGCGUCUACUGCCGUGUGCUUCGGGAGAACUAGAAGACGAAGACCUCGAUAGCCAACCCGACGCUUACUCUGCUACCCAACCCUGCCGCCACAAAUCAGUAUUCGCCUCGAUAACCAUAGUGUGUGGAAUGCUGUCUUGUUUCAUGGCAAUGGCAGCAGGAAUUCUAUUGAUGGGGGCCACCCCUGGCUGGAUACAGCACGUGUCAUCAAUUGUCAGCGAUCCGUCAACCUAUGUAAACCUUUUGUUUGCAGCCACAUUUUUGUGGGCCACAUAUAUUCUGGCAAUGUUAACGGUCUACAAGACCACACGAAUGAUGCCACAGUACGAGUGUAUUGGAUUAGAUGACGUAAGCCAUGGACAUGUCCAGUCAAAGUGGACAGCAGCCCUUUCGUCUGUAGCAGUAGCAGUGUCAUUAUCCGCCACAGGAGGAGUAGGAGGAGGAGGUGCUGGUAUUGGUACUGGUACUGGUACUGGUACUGGUACUGGUGGCAGUUCUAAUAAUGGAAACCAGAGUCCAGAUGAAAUGACGCGCGCAGAAAUUGAGCAAAGCAAGCUGUAUGAAGAACGCCGGGAUGUUCGGAGGAGUCGGUCCCUACCUUUGCGUGCAUCUCGCUCAUGGUCUGUCCGUCCGGAGGAAGCCGAACCUCCCCUUCGACCAUCUCAGUACAGAGCCAAACGCCGAUCGCUUCUCAUCCAAUCACCUCCACCACAGCCACAGCUACCAUCACAACCACAACUACAAUCGCAAGUACAAUCGCACGCAGACAAUCCGACUACACGUUCUCGAUCGUCAUCAGCAUUUGGUGUGGGGGGAGUACUGUCGGACAAUUUAUUUGAGCUCACAAAAGAUCUCCACAUUCGUCCCUCAUCAUGGCACAACAACAACACUAUUAAUAUGACCCCAGGGUCCUCUGUCGUGUCCGUUGGGUCAAAUAGCGGAUCCUCUAUUUCGUUUGACACUCCGACUCAUUCUACGCCCGACUCAAAGCGUACAGUGAUAUUUUCACUUGAAGAUUCGCCCGACACAGCCGAGACUGUGGACUAUAAGAGCAUUCGCAAGACCGAAAGUGGCAAACGAAAAGACCGGCAGAAAGGGAAACGGCGGCGAACUCCAGAUACUCAGGGACAUGAUGGCGAUGCGAGUAAUAGCUGCUGCAGCUCAUCCGAAGAAAGAAGCGUAGCAAAGUAUUAUUCCAGCGAACGAAACAGUAGCGACAGUCAUGUACCCUGA